CCUCUCUGCCAACCUUUUGUUUAGUACUAACUUUUUUCUUUCCCCCCCUCACAUUUUUAAACCCUACCAUCUCACUCAUUGUUCAUCAAAACAUAGCAAGCCAUCAAUCAAAUCUUCCCAAUUUUCAAUUGUGGUAAUAGUGUGUUUAAUUCAUUGCUCAAACAUGAAUCAAUUGGCGGAUUUCGGACGCAUAUUCCAAAUGUUUGAUCAUGAUGACGACGGGAAGAUCUCAAAGGAGGAGCUUUUAGAGUCCGUAACAAAACUAGGGUUAGGCGUCAUGAAGCAUGAUUUGAUUCAAAUGAUCGCGAGACUCGACGCGAAUGGCGACGGAUACGUAGACUUUGACGAGUUUGAGAGGUUGUACAAGAAUGUAAUGGGCGACGACGACGUCUGCGGCGGCGGCGGCGACGAGGAAGAGGACAUGAAGGAGGCUUUCCAAUUGUUCGAUCAAAAUGGCGACGGGUUUGUAAGUGGUGAGGAAUUGAGUUCGGUUUUGUGUUCAUUGGGAUUAAGGCAAGGAAAGAAGACCUUAGAGGAUUGCAAGAACAUGAUCAAGAAAGUGGAUUUGGAUGGCGAUGGCAUGCUUGAUUUCAAAGAGUUUAAGCAAAUGAUUAAGCUUGUCAACUAA